AUGGAGACAUCCAACUAUACCCGGGACUCGGGUCCACCCAAGAACUGCGAUAUAGUCCCCAGAAGUCUCUUUUUCAGAAUCUUUGCCUUCAGCUAUUCCGCUGCUUUACGCUACCACACCGUCCAGCCAAUGCAUUGUAUCCAGCGCAACCAAAACUAUCGCGAGGACAAGCAUGGCGUCAUCGCAGCACUGGCUCGCUUCCGUAAGACGAAAUCAGAGGAGCUGAGAUUUGCAACGCUGUCCGGAGCAGCAGUAAUAGGCGUCUUCUCCUGGCCCUCGACAGAAAGAACAGUCUGGAUAGCCAAGAUGCUCUGGAACUGGAGUUUGUUUCUCUCUUUCUUUGCUCUGAUCAGCUCGGCUCACCAACGGCUGCUCCGGCGCUUACCCGAGGACCCGAGUGAUGAGCUCAGCGAGGCCGACCUGGCGAGGUGUCUCAGUCUGUUCUUGCAACCUCCUGUCCCGCCUGGGAAGGGAGACAGGAUGUUCCAGCGGGGGAUCAGCCGCCGUAUGGUCUGGUUCUGGCAGUGUCCGACUAUGCUUAUGAGUUUUUCUUGGGUGUUAUUUCUGGUUGGGUAUACGCUUCACUUGUUGACGCCGGUGUUUGACGCCUCCCUGGCGGAGUUUAAUACGGUUGUGAGUUUGUAUUUUAUGCUUGAUCCCCAUGGGAGCCAUGUUCUAAGUUACGGACAUAUAGCCUGCCAUCGUUACCGUGUGUGGCUGCACAGUUGUGGUUGCCAACUUCCUUUUUUGUGCCGAGCUGUGUCAGAGGCGCAUUUCGAAGGCCAGCCAUGGGAUUAUUGA